AUCAUGCAAUCACCCAUUUAAUAAGCUGACCAGAGUAUUAACCACUAGCGGAACUUUCGACUCUCUUCUCUUGUGUUUUAGUGCAAUAAAGAAAACGAGGUUGUGCCCACUUGUUCUGAGAACUUUUGAUUUGCUGGACGAGCGACUCUUUACAGCGAGGGACUAGCAGGGUAAAGCUCACAGGGCUCACCAAGGUGCCGCUAUGGGAAAUCGGGGAAUGGAAGACCUGAUUCCCCUCAUCAACAAGCUCCAGGACGCCUUCAGCUCCAUCGGCCAGAGCUGCAACUUGGACCUGCCGCAGAUUGCAGUCGUCGGUGGUCAGAGCGCAGGGAAAAGUUCCGUUCUGGAGAACUUCGUCGGGAGGGACUUUUUACCAAGAGGUUCUGGCAUUGUUACCCGUCGUCCUCUCAUCCUCCAGCUGGUCAACAGUAAAGCAGAGUAUGCAGAGUUCCUGCACUGCAAGGGACGCAAGUUUGUGGACUUUGAUGAAGUCCGUAUGGAGAUUGAAGCAGAGACGGACAGGCUCACAGGAUCCAACAAGGGCAUCUCCCCUAUCCCCAUCAACCUCCGUGUUUACUCCCCUAAUGUGCUGAACUUGACCCUGAUUGACCUGCCGGGGAUGACCAAAGUGGCUGUGGGUGACCAGCCUCCGGACAUCGAGCAUCAGAUUAGAGAUAUGCUGAUGCUGUUCAUCACCAAGGAAAGCUGCCUGAUCUUGGCCGUCACUCCAGCGAACACAGACUUGGCAAAUUCUGAUGCCCUUAAGAUUGCCAAGGAGGUGGACCCUCAGGGGCUCCGAACCAUCGGUGUGAUCACAAAGUUGGAUCUGAUGGAUGAAGGAACAGAUGCACGAGAAAUCCUGGAAAACAAACUACUGCCACUCCGCAGAGGUUAUAUUGGAGUGGUGAACCGCAGUCAAAAGGACAUUGAUGGAAAGAAAGACAUCCGUGCUGCAUUGGCUGCUGAGAGAAAGUUCUUCUUGUCUCAUCCAGCAUACAGACACAUUGCAGAACGCAUGGGUACACCACACCUGCAGAAGACUCUCAAUCAGCAACUCACCAACCACAUCCGUGACACGUUGCCAGGGUUACGCAGUAAGCUGCAAAGCCAGUUGUUGUCUCUGGAGAAGGAAGUGGAGGAGUACAAGAACUUUCGUCCCGAUGAUCCUGCACGCAAGACCAAGGCUUUGCUUCAGAUGGUGCAGCAGUUUGGUGUGGACUUUGAGAAGUGCAUAGAGGGGUCUGGAGACCAGGUGGACACCUCCAACUUGUCCGGGGGAGCAAAGAUCAACCGAAUCUUUCACGAGCGCUUUCCCUUCGAGCUGGUGAAGAUGGAAUUUGAUGAGAAGGAGCUGCGAAAAGAAAUCAGUUAUGCUAUCAAGAACAUCCAUGGAGUCAGGACAGGCCUGUUCACCCCAGACCUGGCGUUUGAAGCCAUAGUGAAAAAGCAGAUCAUAAAGCUGAAAGAGCCCUGUCUGAAAUGCAUCGACCUGGUCAUCCAGGAGCUCAUCAACACAGUCAGACAGUGCACCAAUAAGUUGGACUCUUACCCUCGACUUAGAGAAGAAACUGAGAGAAUCGUCACCACAUAUAUCAGAGAGCGAGACAGCAAGACCAAGGACCAGGUUCUGCUGUUGAUUGACAUCGAGCUCUCAUAUAUUAACACUAACCAUGAGGACUUCAUCGGAUUUGCCAAUGCCCAGCAAAGGACGGCUGCUAAUGUCACCAAGAAGAGAGUCAUGCCCAAUCAGGUCAUCCGGAGAGGCUGGCUUACCAUCAACAUCAGUAUCAUGAAGGGAGGGUCCAAGGAUUACUGGUUUGUCCUGACUGCAGAAUCUCUCUCCUGGUACAAAGAUGAGGAGGAGAAAGAAAAAAAGUACAUGCUGCCUCUUGACAACCUGAAGCUGAGAGAUGUGGAAAAGGGCUUCAUGUCCAGCAAACACGUCUUUGCCAUUUUCAAUACUGAACAGAGGAAUGUGUACAAAGACCUGCGUCAGGUCGAACUGGCCUGCGACACUCAGGAGGAUGUUGACAGCUGGAAGGCUUCCUUCCUCAGGGCUGGUGUUUACCCAGAGAAAGAUCAGUCUGAAAACGAGGAGGCAUUAAAUCCUAGUGACACGGUUUCCAUGGACCCGCAGCUGGAACGCCAGGUGGAGACCAUCCGCAACCUCGUGGACUCAUACAUCAGCAUCGUCAACAAGUCCAUCAGAGACCUCAUGCCCAAGACCAUCAUGCACCUCAUGAUCAACAGUGCAAAGGACUUCAUCCACUCUGAGUUGUUGGCCUACCUGUACUCGGCCGGGGACCAGGGCAGCUUGAUGGAGGAGUCCGCAGAGAAGGCUCAGAGGAGAGAUGAGAUGCUGAGGAUGUAUCAUGCUCUGAAAGAGGCUCUUGUCAUCAUCGGUGACAUCAGCACAUCCACCAUUUCCACUCCAAUGCCUCCACCAGUAGAUGACACCUGGAUUGCCAAAGAGCCAAGUCCUCCCCCGGCAUCCCGUCUUGCUUCAUCAACGGCACCCCCUCCCAACCGACCCCCAGCAGUGAGGGGGCCCACCCCUGGUCCUCCCCCACCUCUAAACCCCUCACCAGCAUUUGGGGCACCACCUGUGCCCUCCCGACCAGGACCUCCGUCGGCCUACGCAGGUGACGUCAACUCUGCUGCUGUACCUCUUGUUCCAUCAAGGCCAGCCCGUGUGCCACCAGCUCUGCCACCAGGAAUACCCAGGCGACAAGUCCCUUCUCGCACUGACCACUGGUGAGGAAACCUCACAUAAAAGCUUCUCACUGGCUCAGCCGACAAGACUCGACUCUGCUGCUCGAGGCCCUUGAUAUUAGCUUGAUAUUAAACAAGACAAAAUGCUGAAAUAUGUAUAGAUGACAAUAGUAACAAUGCUAACGUGUCAGAUGAAAUUGCAUGCAGAAAUAAAAUUUAUCUCUGUAAUCAGUUGUAUUACUAGGCUUAAUAUUUGUUUCUACUGAUCAAUACUGCUGAAAUGCUGGUUCUUCAUCUGGUAUGUCUGUGAGACGUAAAUGGAGAAAAGAGCAUAAUAGUUGAGUUAAAAUGCUGCAGAAAGUGUACUCCUUAGUGUUAUCUACCCUAAACCUAGUAAAGUAAUUUACACAUCUGCUUCUUGUUUCUUAUACAUAAAUCAUUCAUAACAUUAUGACCUAAUAAUUGAGGUCAUUCUCACGUUGCUAAAAGAGCCCUCAUCAGUCAGGGGUGUGGACCAAGAACAUCUAAAGCAUUACAGUUGACCCUUUGGGCCCUGUGAGUUGUGGGGUACCGUCUUUGUAGAUUGGGCUGCCUUUUACAAAUGUCAUCAGAUCCCAACAAACUGGUAUCUGGGGAUUUUGGAGGCUGGUGGAACACUUUAAAUGUUUUUUUUUUUUUUUUUUUUAACCCUUCCUAAACAGUUUUUGUUGGCUCAGUGUUAUCUGAAAGGAGCUAUUACUCUACAUGAAUCCAAGUAACCCCUCUGUAAUGAUGUAAAUACCAAUGUAAAUGUCAGCAUGCAGUUUUUUCCAGCAGAGCACCAUUUGAACAUUGGCCUAUCAGUGUAUGAGUAGAGAGCACGUAAUGUGCAAAGCAUCUGCACAAAUAAUGAGCUACAAAUUCAAAACACCAGCACAAGUCUGACAGCCACUGCAAUUUGUUUAACUUCAUUCCAUAUGAACAUCUGGUGACUACAGUUAAAAAAUGUCUAGUUAACUAUGUAAUGUUUUUUUUUAUUUGAAUUUGAAGUUAUAUACUUUUAGUUUUUUAUAUAUCAGCUAUAUCUUCAAAACUAAGGAUCAUAAGGUGUAUUCUAUGGUGUGGGGAAAAAUUCUCUUCAUUUUUCCAAGUUUCAUAAAAUUGUACCAAAUGAAAUCUUAA